AUGCGUGCGAUUUGGACUGUUCUGCUUUGUGGUGCAGCCGUGCUUGCUUUGCGCCCCGAGCAUGACCUCGAUGAUGAUCACGCAGAUGUCACAGGAGUCGAGGGUCUUCCUGUGCCGCGCUGCAUGUUGGCAGAUGCCAUAGCAUCCAAGACUCGCAAGAAGUUGAAGAGUGCCUCAACAAAUGCCCGCAAUCAGGCCGACUUGGCAAUCAAGAAGUGCAAAGACAAGGAAGAACAAGCAUGUCUUGAGCAGGCCGUUCAUGGAAAUUGCAAGUGGUGUGAAGGCUUGUGCGGCCCGAAUGCAGUGUGA